AUGGAAGAUUUAAACAUGAUACCUAAUGAUAAAUGUCGGAAUAUAAAUGAAUCGAAUUUAGAAACAAAGCCCGGAUUAAUAGUAAUCAACUCCUAUUUAAAUCAAAUAAAUCCAGAUUUGAAAGAUGUUCAAUCUGAAAUUAAAGAAGUUGUUGGCAAACAAAAAUCGCUUAUAGAUGCUAUGCUCAAAGAAAAUGAAGAACUAUCUAAUUUAUUAAAUGAAUCAGAAGUUCAAAAUAUGUUCUCAUCCAUUAAACAUUGCCAUGGACAGCUGGUUGAAUUAAAAAAAAAACUAAUGUUUUUACACAAGAAAACUGUGACAUUAGAAAAAAGAGCAAAUGUUUUGCGUGUGGCCAAACAAAGAGAAGCAUUACAAAGAGAACAUCAGAAAGAAUCAAUGUUGGUACGUGAACAAGAACUUAUAUCAAAACAGUCAUAG